CCAAGGAACAGAAGUGGUAGAGAGAGAAUAUAAUCAGAAUAGAAUGUCAAUAAAACUUUUGCCCCUCCCCUGGAUUCUGAAAUGUGCAUAAUCCCAAAAAUCAGUGCUUCAAACUGGGGGAGGUGGGUUCAGAAAUAUGUGAAUUGGAAGUGCAUACUUCAAGAAUUGAAGAUUUCCCAGAAAAGGAACAUGAUGAUAGUGGUCAGAAGAGGCAAUUUCCUUCCUCUUUUCUAAUCUUAACUCCAGAAUCCUCUGCAGAAUCCCUUCAAUGUCUGGCAUGUUGCAGGUCUCACUGCUCCCAUCAGCUGUGGAGAUAAGAUGUGGCUUUUGACUGCUCUGCUCCUUUCGGUUCCAGGUGGUGGACAAAUGGACUCCCCAAAAGCAGUGAUCACCUUGCGCCCUCCGUGGGUCAGCGUGUUCCAAGGGGAAAGUGUAACCUUACAUUGUGAGGGGCCAGGUCAGCCUGGAAACCACUCGGCCCAGUGGUUUCACAAUGGCUCAGCCAUUCAGACCCUGACGACCAAUUACAGCUUCACGGCUGCCAGCAUCACUGACAGUGGUGAAUACAGGUGCAAGACAGCUCUCUCGGUGUGGAGUGACCCUGUGCAGCUGGAAAUCCACAGAAGUUGGCUGCUACUACAGGUCUCUAGCCGAGUCUUCACUGAAGGAGAAUCUCUGGCCUUGAGGUGUCAUGGAUGGAAGAAUAAGCUGGUGUACAACGUGGUUUUCUAUCAAAAUGGCAAAGCCUUUAUGUUUUCUCCUUACAAAUCUGAACUCACCAUUCAGAAAACCAACUUGAGUCACAGUGGCGUCUAUCACUGCUCAGGAAAGGGAAACAACCAAUACAUGUACAGAUCAGCGGGAGUAUCUAUCUCUGUGAAAGAGCUAUUUCCAGCCCCAGUGCUGAGAGCAUUCUUUUCAUCCCCCCUCCUAGAGGGGAAUCCAGUGAACCUGACCUGUCAAACACAGUUGUCCUCACAGAGUCCUGGUUUGCAGCUUUACUUCUCCUUCCACGUGGGCAGCAAGAACCUGAUGGGCAGGAGCACAUCCUCUGAAUACCAGAUUCUGACUGCCAAAUAUAUCUCAGCGGGGCCCCACUGGUUUCUAAGUAGUAUCUCUCAUCUUGGUCUUUCUGUUUCAGGCCUGCAGCCAGCAGUUCCUGUCUGGUUUCAUGUCUUUGUCUAUCUGACGGUGGGAACAGUAUUUUUGGUGGACACUGUUCUUUGCGUGACAAUACAGAAGAAACUCCAAAAGAAGAAAAAGUCCAAUUUACAAUUCUCUUUGGCUUUUGGCGAUGGGGAAAAGGCAACUUCUCACCCUCAGAAAGACAGCCGUGUAGAGGAAGCCCUGAAGUGUCAGGAACAAGAAGAACAGCUGUUAUUUGGCUUUCAAAAUGGAGCUUAUCUGCCAAACGAGGAUGCAUCCCGGACUCGCCUGUCUUGGCUGCGUGUGGCAGAGCGCCCCUUUAACGUCCACCACCUAGAACAUCCUCAAGCAACUUGGGACUCGAAAUCGGUGUGAGAACACCUGAGGCACUUCUUCUCUAAUCUGUGGACAAUAAGAAUGUUCUUCUCCCCUUCACCUUCAGAAAAAAAAACUACAAUAAUCAUCAUCACAGUAGAAGUACAACAACUCCAACAUUUGUAUUAAAAGAAACAGUCACGUAUAAUAGCGGGGCUUAUUAAUCGUACAUAAUGUUUGGUCUUGUGGGCUGGGGAGGUAGGGAAAUAAGGAGAAUUGAAGAGAAUGAGUCCCAGAGGAGAGAGACAUAAAGAUCCUCCACAGAGGACUGUAGCUUGAGGAAUAUGAAACUGCAGCAGGAAGUGGCAUCCACACUCAGAGGACAGACGGCUGUUACCCUCACACAGUGGGCAGAAUUUCAGGGAAAGGGCUCUCUGGGGACAGGAGGGGGGUCAGACAUGGAAAUAGAGCACUAUGACCUGGGGCACUUAUGACUAGAAUAAGGCCAGUCAUUGCUAGAGCAUAAGGAAGUGCUUUUCCCUUCCUCCCCUCCCCUUCUGUGUUUCCUCUACAGAUUUGUCCAUGCUUGUAUCUCUGUCACAGGGCGCCUGGUGGUGGUUCGAACCCACCCAGCGGCUCCUCGGGAGAAAGACCUGGCGAUCUGCUUCUGUAAAGAUUAUAGCCUAGAACACCCUACGGGGCAGUUCUACUCUGUCACAUGGGGUCACUAUGAGUCAAAAUCAACUUGACAGCACCUAACAACAUCUUUGUCACAACUGUUUUUUAUGUACUUUAAUGAUUAAAUAAUUGAUUAGUUUACAUCAGUUUGUUAAUUGACACUUCAUACUUUGUCUACCCUUAUUUCUGGCUUAUAGCUGUGCCAGGAGUAGGUUCAUGGGGUCCCCAUACCUGCCUGUUCUCUGAGCCUCAGAAGUAAGUCUGGUCAAGGCCUGGUGCUAUCUCAGACUUCCUCCAGGUGGGUGCCCAGCCCCCCAAUGUCCCUGAAGUGGAGUUAGGUGCCCUCUCUCCGUGGCACUCACUUCCAUUAUCUAAGGGCCCAUUUCUCUUUACUGUUUUUACUACAUCCUGUACUGGAAGCACACACAGCUAUCCCCUGACUCUGUUGCGGAAAGAGACCCAAAGGAUCUUGUAUCCCUUCUUUGCACUGCCAUCCCCCACCUUCAGGGAAAGCCUGUAGGUGUCUGCAUGGGAGGCGUGGUGGCUAACUCCAUCUGGGGACAGGGAAACCAUGGGAAGGAAGUGAAAAGUUCUCUAACUUCUAGAGGCAAAUUAAUAGCUACAGGUGAACUUUACCUUAUAGUCUCCUUUUUUGGGACCACGAAAUCCACUGUUUCAGAUAUAAAGACAAAUGCACUGACUCUUUCUGCACAGCAGUUUUUCAGUUCGCAGCGAGGGGCAAAGGCUGAAAAAGUCAAGGAGACAGCAGCUCACCCCAGCCUUUAGAGCAGGAUUCUUCCUGGGGAAGAGCAGUUCUGUUUCUUGUGGUUUGUGUGCCACCGUUAGCCAGUCCCAUAGCCCCUUGGCAUUGCCCGGAAGCACCUGCAGGCAGUUCCCCUGAAGGUUUCUGAUUGUUGAUGCCUGUGCAAGCUGGCAUCUGGGGCAGGCCAGACUGCCAAAGAGUUAAAGAGCCAGGAUGCGUCCUCAGCAAACAAGGAUGGAAGUUAAAUACCCCCACCUGGUUACCCCUCAGUGGGGCUAUUCUGUGGUGUAUUCCACACAGUCUCUCAGAGGCCCCUGGGGGACUGAGCCCCGAUUUCCCACCAUGGUACCUGGCCCGCUAGUGCACCUUUACUGCCUUUCCUUCCUUCCUUGUCACGCUUCUCCAUUCCCUUCACGAUGCUUUCUAGGGCGAUCUUCCAAAUAAACUACUCGCAUCCGAAUCCUGGCCUCAGUCUUCUUUUCAGGGAAUCCCAACUAAGACCGCUCGGUUGUUUUAACAGGGCCAACUCAGGGACACUAAUGACUGGCUGUAAGUUAUCUUUCAUCGGUUGCUUUCAUGUAACUUUAGCUUUUAUGCCCUGAGCCUUCAGUCUUGUUUGGUAAAACAAGACAAACGUGUGGCCCUCUUUAACUAGUGAAUUCGUCCUGCUCAUUCUUUACGUGUAUUUUCUUUUAGGUUUUUCUGAACCCUCCAGGAAGGACUGAUCUCUCCCUUUUCUUUGUCCUUGAUAUUCCUUUGCUCUGGAUGGAUGCCUGUUAUCACAACCUUUCAGUGAGACUUAGUCAUCCCACUAUGCUAGCUUUUGGUGCUGGUGGGUGAUAUAAAAAGAUGGGGGGGGGAGAGAAUAAUCUUCAAGGUACUUAAAACUUGAUGUGAAAUUAGAAAGUCACAGAAAUGCUUAUAUUAUUUGCAUGUCUUAAUCAUGCUCUAAAUUCACAAAGAGAACAAAGGAGCUAGUAGCAUAGACAUUCAAUCUCUCCUUUUCCUUCCUCUGAACUCUUGCCCUCCCUGCCACCUUCGUUUAUUCUUCGGUUUUAAUUGGUAAUUUAAAGGUAUGUUACAUGUUCUUCUUACGGUUUUAAAAUUUACUUUUAGAUUACACAAUCAAUACACAAUUCUUUUUUAUUCCGCAUUUACUUCCGACAUCUCUUCAACCUAGCCAUCCUCCCACCAGUCCUUCACUGCCAUGGAGUCGAUUCCGACUCAGAGCGACCCGACAGGAAACCGACAGAGUUUCAAGGAGCUGCUGGUGGACUCGAGCCGCCAACCACUCGGGUAGUAGCCGAGCGCUUUAACCACUGCAUCACCAGAGCUCCUAAACCUAGAACUACUCCAGUAGAAAUACCAUUCUGUAAAGGUGACCCAGACAGCUGUUGGAAGCGAGUGGAAUGAGAAAACUCUAAAGCAAAGAACUCCUUAUCUACCUUCUGGGACGGAGGACACCCCAUCCCCAGCUCCACCUACCACCAUAAACCGAGGAAAGCCCCUACGAGGACUUCCGACUGAAAUUUGAAAUGAUCGUUUGUGGAUCACCUAGGGAAGGCAUGAAGGAGCCCUGGGGGCGCAGUGGUUAAGCGCUCGGCUGCUAACCGGUGUAGCAGUCGGCUUCAUUAAAGAUUUACAGCCUUGGAAACCCUAUGGGGCAGUUCUACUCUGUCCUACCGGGUCGCGUCGAGUCAGAAUCGACUGGAUAGCGAUGGGUUUGAGGGGUUUUUUUGGAGGGAAGGCAUCCUUCUUGAUACCACGGCAAGGACGACUCCAGACGAGGCCGAAGUCACAGCCUCGCAUCUCCCGCCGUGGCAUCUAACCGGUGGCGCCUCUGGAGCGAGCCGCCCGCAGGCCUUUCAACCUCUCCGGGCUGAGAUCCCGUUCCGUGCCCGGCCGGCGUCCGUCUCCGCUCAGCGGCGUCUGGGACCCGAGAUAAGUGAACCACACCCCCCAGGGCUUCAUGUCUGUGCUUCCCAAGUAUCCCUCCAAAACGCUCCCUCAGCUCAGAGGAAGAAACAACACCGAGAGCUGCGGCGCAGAGCGAGCUCCUGGGACCUCGCUGAGGGCCGCGGGGAGGGAAACGCAGGACCCAGCAGAAGCCGAACUCCCAGGAAUUUAAAUCGAUGGAAAAAUGGACGCACAGAGGAGGGGGCCCGUUCGGGACUCCAAACUACCGACCUUGAGAGUUGGUAGCCGAGCGCUUAGUCACGACGCCACGGAACCGCGCCACAACCCCCAGCCCCGCAGAGCGCACCUAACUCUCUGACGCGCCGGAACCCGGAAGUGGUGCCGGAAGUGGUGCUGUGGGAAACCCAGAGCGCCAUCUAGUGGAUGUGACGGGUUGGAACUGCGAGGAGCUUCUGCGAGGUUCGCCUGCCUCAAAGGGGAGCGGGCAGGGCCUCGGGAGGACGGGUUCCGGGAUUUACCCCUCUGUACUGUCUCAACCUUGGUGGCGCAGUGGUUAAGAGUUCGGUUCCUAACCACAAAGGUCAGCACUUUGAAUCCACCAGCCGCCCCUUGGAAACUCUACGGGGCAGCCCUGUAGGGUCACUGUGAGCAACAACUUUGGUUUUUGCUUUUAAUACAGAAUAAUGAGAACAAGGGGAUUUUGAUACAUUGAAGGUGCAGAUACUUAACUCUGGGAUGAAGUUACUUCAGAAUGGCUAUUUGAGAAGAAAGUCACACGCUUUGUCCCUUUCAGCUCCUGCUUCCUGUCACCAUUCACUCCCGCUUAGAUCUCAUCACCUCACCAGGUGUAUAGGUAGGUAGUUAAACAGUGGAACUUGAAGGGCCAGAGGGGUGUGAUGAAGACCCGUCCCUGCUCUGGCCUGAACCGAGAACACACUGUUGUUCAAAACCUAACCUUAUUUUGAAGCCUAAAGUCUCAGCUUUUCAGAGCACAGUGUCUAUUUCUCAUAUAACAAUAGUUUACAGCUAGGCCUUGGUAUUUUCCUGUUGAACAAAAACAAUUUCACAGAACAU